AUUAAUUAUUCAUUGUAUAUAUUUUGACAAAAUAUACUAGUCUCUCUAUAAUUUGGGUCUAUUCGGUGGACCGAAUAGACCGAACCGAAAUUGUGAGUCUAUUCGGGUUCGGUUCCUAAUUUUUUUUGAAAAUUUCGGUUCUCAUUUUUCAAAACCUGAAAUUUCACAAACUCGAAUAGACCGAACCGAAUUAACCUAAUAGACCGAAUGUCAAGCUCUCCACAUCGUCGUGUUCCCAUGACUGGCGUUCGGCCACAUGAUCACGUUUCUGGACCUCUCCAAGCGGCUGGCGCGGCGCGGCCACGCCGUCACCUUCGUCUCCACGCCGAGGAACGCCGCCAAGCUGCAGGGCUCCAUCCCGCUGGAGCUCGCGGCGCACCUAUGCAUCGUCAGGCUGGACCUGCCCGGCGUCGAUGGCCUCCCCGAGGGCGCCGAGUCAACCGCCGACGUCCUUCCGAAGAAGGUCGGGCUCCUCCAGAAGGCGUUCGACGGCCUCGCCGCGCCGUUCGAGCGCCUUGCCAUCGGGGCUGUGCUGCCGCCGGCUAGGCGUCCGCGUUCUCGAGGAAGCUCGACUGGAUCGUCCUCGACUUCGCUCAGAACUGGAUCUGGCCAAUUGCUGAACAGCAUAAGACCAUCUGGACCUUAGGGUCGGCUCGUCCGCGGUCCUAACUAGAGGGAUUGCAUGUUUACACAAGCCCCUGUAUGGUUGUACAGACCUGACCAGGGUCAGCGGACCGUCCACAGGUGCUAAAAUAUUUUGGGCAGAGACUAUGUGUUGGGGGUCUGCUUCGUCGCCGAAGGUCCCAUAAGAAUAAACACCUUCGGAAGAUCGACACAGAAGCAAAGCCGAAGCUGCCAAUCAGAGAGCUUCAUAGCGUACUACCGGAUGUACCGACUUAAAGAUGAAAUGACCAAUCGGUCCAUGAUAGCUUGUAUUAUGAUUGUAAUCAUUUGUAAAGGGCAUGAAUGUAAUUCCUCACAGGCUGCGUCCUGUGCCUAUAAAUGGAUGAACAGUACCCCUGUACUGUUCACGCUAUCUUGUAUUCGCUCGUGCGCCACGCUUGGAUUUUUGCCUUCUAUCAAGCCGAAGGCACAAAUGUAAUUAAAUAUUGUCUUUAUCUAUUCAAGAUUAUAUAAUGAAGAUAUGUGAAUGAUGUUAUAUGAUUAUUCAUG